AUGCCAUACAAUACAAACUCAAAUGAAAUUAUAUCCCGAAAACUUGAUGCUAUUCUAACAAAAGUGGAAGAAGAAUCAAAGGCAACACGUCAAUCUUUAAUAAAUUUUGAACAAGAAAUACAAGAUCGCUACGAUGAGGUGAAACAACAAAUGGAAGUAUUAGAGCAAAAUGUAAUAACGAUCGAAAAGAAAUUUGAAGAUCUUUCGGAGCGCACAUGCAACUUAAUUAAGAACAUCUGUACAGCACUUCUUGGUCCACAAGCCUCGCAAGGUAAAAAGUGGAAAUCGUACUGGCAAGAACAAAUCAAAGCAUUAGAUGAUGUACAAUUGUCUCUAUCGAAAUCUGAUCAAUGA